GAAUUAGAGACUUCAAGAAUAACUUUUAUCAAUGCAUUUUGAUUUGUUUGCAGUAUUUUUACUGGAUUUAAUAUGGCUUCUUCUGUGAUUGCAACAGCAACAGUGCGUGCUAUUAAAGGCAGAAAAAUACUCGCUACAAGAGCAGCUCUUACUUUAACACCAAAUGCAGUGAAAAAAAUUAAGGAGUUGCUGAAAGAUAAAAGCAAAUAUAUCGGACUAAAAGUAAGUGUGAAACAACGAGGAUGUAACGGGCUUAGUUACACUCUUGAUUAUGCCACAGACAAAUCUAAACUUGACGAGGAAGUUGUUCAAGAUGGUGUUCGUAUUAUAAUCGACAAAAAGGCACAAUUGUCUCUUUUAGGUACUGAAAUGGACUAUGUAGAAAAUAAAUUAAGUUCUGAAUUUAUUUUCAACAACCCAAAUAUUAAAGGAACUUGUGGAUGUGGAGAAAGUUUCUCUGUUUAGUCAAUUCAAUUGUAGAUAUUGUAGUUAAAAUAGAUAAUUAUGAUAAAAUGAAUGAAUAGCAAUUCCACGAAAUAGUGACUUUAUGGGAUGUUUUGUUAAGUUUGGUAUGAUCUCGUUCAAUAUUCGUUACUGACAUUUUCAAUUUAGAUGAUGACCCUGAUUAAUAUAACAUGUAUAUCAUGGCAAAAAGAGGCUGAACUAAGUAGGAUCCUUAUUUAAGACAUGUAAAUAUGACCGGGUGUUGUAAUAUACGUAAAAUUGUCCUGAAAACGUAUUUUGUUUUUGUUCUUUAUUAAAAUUAUUUAACAUGUAA